GCUCUUGGCGUCUCCGGUCAGGCUGUCGUGGACGUCGUAAGAGUAGCUGUACUGGGGGUUGGGGUCGUAGUCGGCGUCUACGGUCUUCACGACGGCCUUAGCGACGGGGGCGGCGUAUCCGUAAGCGGGGGCGGCGUGGGCGUAAGCCGGGGCAGCGUGAACGUAAGCCGGGGCAGCGUGAGCGUAUCCCACUGGGGCCUGAGCGAUGAUGCCAGCGUUAGCUGCAGCCACGAAGGCAGCGAAUACGAAGAGCUGGAAGAAAAUUUCGUAAAAUGUACAGACUGAUUUUGCUGGGCUGCGUCUGCCUGGCGGCGUCGCAGAGUCACUACGACAGCCUGGAUUCGAGAGGGGUGCCCUUUUCUCAGGGGAAACCUUCCGGUAUCGGUCCUAUUUUUACCUCCGGACUUAGCGCCUCCCAGAAUUACCGGGAUAACAGCUACGAGGAUAACGCCGUGACGCCGACACCGUCGCCCACGCCGACGCUUUACCGCACCGCGGCGCCGCAAGUUUAUCGAAAACCCACGGCAGCCCCGAUCGACCCAGCGAGGGACUAUCAGCACCAAGCGCCCGUCCGAGUGUCUCCCCAGUCGCAGCGGCAGAGAACUCCCCCGCAAUUCGGUCAGAACCCGCAACUCGAGACCGAGGAACUGGAGGAAGAGAAGGAGGAACCCGACCGUCUGAGCCUCUUGCUGCAGCAAAGCAAAUUCGGCUGCGUUAACAAACAGACCGGAUAUUACGCGGACGAGGAAUUGAACUGCGAAGUAUUCCACUACUGUCAGGACAACGCCAAGUUCUCGUGGAUAUGCCCCGAGGGAUUCACCUUCCAUCAGGUGCACCUGAUCUGCAUGCCACCGAGCGGCGACAUAAGCUGCAAAAAGAGUUCCCAGUACCACUUCGUAAACGAGUACCUCUACAAGCCUCUGAAUCUGGCCGAGGCCGAGAACAAACCGAACGUCACGCUGCGUUACAGCGAGCGUUAUUACCCGGCUGACAUCUACGCCGACGAGCGCGAGAACACGGAAUACCAAAUCGCGUCCCCGACACCGGCCAGUAUUCGUCGUCCCGCCCAACAGGUCUAUCUGGCCCAGCAGACCGCCCCGUUGAACUCUCUGGGGCAAGCGAGGCCCCAGCAGCCGCAGAUUCCUGCCCAGUUCCGCGUGCCGGUUAACCAGGUGUUCCGCAGCCCCGAAGAAGUGAACAUCCCACUUCAGCAGAGACGACCUCAACCCCAGGCCCAGCAACAACCUCUGAGGAGGUUCCCCCAGGUGCGACCCGACGAAGAGGAUUACGAGUAAAAUAUCCUCCGACCUCCGUUUCACCGAUUUCCCAUUACACUUGCCUUGAGCUUCGCACCGACGACGAGAUGAGCGUCUUCGAUUACGAUGGCGACGUCGAUUUCGAACGCUAUUCGCGGUUAAGUCUGAUCUAUUUAAGGAAGAAAAAAAAGAAAAGAAAUAAGAAAAAGUUGAGAAAAAAAAAAAAAAACUAGAAACGCGCUGACAAGAGAUUUGAGAUUCUAUCUUUGUAUCGGGAACUCGCGUUAUUUUUUAGACCUUGAUCGUAAUCGUGAGUGAAAAAUUGGAGAUUUCGGAUGAUUCGCAAGAAAAAAAAAAAACAAAAAAAUGAAUGAAUGAAUGUAUCGAAAAAAAUUUUUGCUAUCAAAUGAUACGGAGAACGUUCGGAGCGUCUAUUUUACUCGAGUUUGUGAUACGGGAUACAAUUGUAAAUAUUGAUCAGUGAUAAUUAGGUAAUAUACACCUACGAUGUAAUGUAUUUUAUAUAGGUAUAUAUAUAUAUAAAUGUAUUCGAUGUAUUGUAAUCUUAUACGUAAUUAAACGAUAAAUUGUUA